CCUUCUGCGACUGUCCACUCAGUCUGCCCUGAAGCUGCCUAGCGACCAAGAACUUGGACCAGGUCGCAGCUGACGUCGCUGCCCAGAUGGCCUCCAGGCUGACCCCUCUGACCCUCCUGCUGCUGCUGCUGCUGGCUGGGGAUAGAGCCUUCUCAGAUUCAGAAGCUGCCAGCCAGAGCAUCCAGGACCCAUUGGUCACUCAAGAGGAAAGCGAAGAUAUCGUCCCUGAGAGAGAUGGCCCCUGGAGUUCGAGUAAACAUACAGUACAGUCUACCUGGCCAACGACCAAUGCACCAACCAAAAACACAACUGACACCACCCAGAACACCCAACCGAUGGCACAACUACCCACGGAUUCUCCCAACCAGCCCCCCAUGAAUGCUUCUGGCCAGCCCCCCAUGAAUGCUUCCAGCCAGCCCCCCAUGAAUGCUUCCAGCCAGCCCCCCAUGGAUCUCUCCAGUCAACCAUGUACAACCACGGAUUCUCCUACCCAGGCUCCCACCAAACCCUUCUGCUCAGAGCCACUUGCUCAGUGUUCUGAUUCAGACAUAAAGUCCUCAGAGGCUACACUGGCGGAAGCUUUGACAGAGUUUUCCAUGAAGCUCUACAGCGCGUUCUCAUCCACCAAGAAGGCUGAGACCAACAUGGCCUUCUCCCCAUUCAGCAUCGCCAGCCUCCUGACGCAGGUCCUUCUCGGGGCUGGAGAUAGCACCAAGAGCAACCUGGAGGACAUCCUUUCCUACCCCAAGGACUUCGCCUGUGUCCACCAGGCUCUGAAGGCCUUUUCCUCCAAAGGUGUCACUUCUGUGUCGCAGAUCUUCCACAGCCCAGAUCUACCCAUCAGGGACACCUACGUGAAUGCCUCUCAGACCCUGUAUGGAAGCAGCCCCAGAGUCCUGAGCCUGGACGGUGAUGCUAACUUAGAACUCAUCAACACCUGGGUGGCCGAGAACACCAACCACAAGAUCAGUCAGCUGCUGGACAGCCUGCCCUCUGAUACCCGCCUUGUCCUGCUGAAUGCUGUCUACUUGAGCGCCAAAUGGAAGAAACCAUUUGAGCAAAAAACUCAGAAGUCACCUUUCCUCUACAAAAACUCUGUGAUUAAAGUGCCCAUGAUGAGCAGCAAAAAGUACCCUAUGGCCCACUUCAGUGACCAGACUCUGAAGGCCAGGGUGGGACAGCUGCAGCUCUCUCACAACCUGACAUUUGUCAUCAUGGUGCCUCAGAGCCAGAAGCACAAACUUGAAGACAUGGAGGAGGCUCUCACCCCCACUGUCUUUAAGGCCGUCAUGAAGAAGCUGGAGCUGUCCAGGUACCAGCCCACCUAUCUGGUGAUGCCUCAGGUCAAAGUGAAGAGCAACCAAGAUAUGCUGUCAAUCAUGGAGAAGAUGGAAUUUUUUGACUUCUCUGACGAUCUCAACCUGUGUGGGCUGACCGACGACCCAGAUCUUCAGGUGUCUUCCAUGAAGCACCAGACGGUGCUAGAGCUGACAGAGACGGGCGUGGAGGCCGCUGCGGCCUCAGCCGUCUCUGUGGCCCGAAACUUAAUCAUCUUUGAGGUGCGGCAACCCUUCCUCUUCCUGCUCUGGGACCAGCAACACAAGUUCCCGGUCUUCAUGGGCCGGGUGUACGACCCCAGGGCCUGAGACAGGCAGAAGUCGGGCUGGACUCCAGCCGGGCCACCCGGGCUUCCACUUACCCCGUGAUUGCCUCGCCACUGCCUUCCCAGCCACUUCCAGCCUUAGGAUGGGGCAGAGGGAACUGUUUUCAUCCACAGCCCCCACGGCACCAACAUGCUCUCUAAACACUUUUUGCAGCUUCAUGGGUCGAGUUUACCAGACUCUACAAAUAAAACUUGCAGACAUUU